AUGGCGGCACAAAGUGAGCGACAAAGGCUGGACGAGCGGCUGGAGGCGCUGGUUCCGAGCGACGACGCCGUGUUUGACAUUGCAGGCGCGACGACAGGCCCGGGCGGGACGACGAUCGAGUACGAUGGCUCGGGCGAGGGCCGCUGUCCGCGGAUUAUGUUUGACGAUACCUUGUUUCUGCGGUCGAUGGUGUACAUCGGGUCUUAUGCCUCGGCCUCGUACGCCUUUGCUCCGCCACACAUCACCAUCGAGCUGGCGAGCCGGGAUCCGGCCGCGCUUGCUGCGCUGCCACCCGAGCUCGUCGACGGUCUGCGAUCGUGGGCAAGCCCACUGCUCGAGCUCGCCGAGCUGCGGAUCGAAGUGACGGUGUGGGGCAAGCCGCCGAGUGAGACGGCACUCAAUCUGGUGAGUCACGGCUGGGCUUUUGACUCCCGCUCCGGCCCGCGCGAGUCCAACUUUGCAUACCGCUCGCGGAAGAACGGCGAGGCUAGCAAGGGGCCGAGCGCCAAGGCGGCGGCCAAGUCGCGGCGGCGGCGGCAGAUUCUAGCGCUGGGCGUGUUUGAUCCGCGCGGCGUGACCACCCGCGCUGUGCGCCGCCCGGUAACCGUUGGCCGGCUCGGCCCGGUCGAGGUCUCGGUCCACGCUAAGCGCGGGAGCAUGGCUUGCUCGCCCAACAACGCCCAGCUGGCCAUUGAUGGUCGCGACGCUGCCGCACGCGAGUGCGGCUUUGCCUCGUUCUGGACCGCCACUGUACUCGAAGACAGGGUCCACUGUGCGCGGCAUCUCGUUGUUCUUGACGAUGCACGCCACGACGCGGUCCGUGCUGCCGUGCUCGCCGCCAACACCUCAAGCGCUACUCGCCUCGGCGAGUUGCUGGACAAGCUGGCGGAAGAACCCUCACUUGGCGAGCUUGUCGACGCCUUGACCACCAGUCUCGCGCCGGACUCGGCUGCGGUCGACGCCUUUCUCGCCAACUACACCGCCGACGCUGCCGCCGGCGCCGCGGAUCUGCCGCGCAAAGAUGUCACCCACGAGUGGCUCGAGACCGGGGAAGAGCCGGCCGGACCCGAUGCACCAGCGGCGGCCAAAAGGUCGCAAGCUGCCAGCGGAAGCAGCCGCCAACAGCAAGCCCGCGACAUUGUCUGCGCUGUGUGUGGCGAGACCAAGCCGGGCUCGGCCUUCUCCAAGUCGCAGAAGCGCAAGCGCGAUCGCGGCGCAAAGUGCAUGACAUGCAUUGCUGCAGGCUCUCGGCAAUGA